AUGAUAAAGAAGUUCAAAGAUGGUUCAACAACAAUUUAUGUGAUUGAUAGCAAAGAGAAAAGUUUUAGAAUGCAGGAAAAUAUUGAUAGCCUAGUCAACUGGGCAGAAUAUCAGCAGGUGAAAUUUAAUCCAGAGAAAUGUCAGGGGAGAGAUCUCUUUAAUGUUUGCAGUCGCAGAACAUCAGUUGAGAAGCAGCUUGCUCCUGUGAAGGUGCUAAGAAAGAGCACAGAUCUAGAGAAAUCUGUUGCUACAAUAGCUAUAAUAUUUAAUAAUCACACUGGUCCAGAUGGAAAACUCAGUAAAGCCCAGGCUAAAGAUUUACUUUCAACUCAAUUUCAGAGUUUCAUAAAGGGACAGGAGCUGAAACCAAAAUACAAAGAAAUUAUGUCUGAUCUUGAUGAAGACAAAGACAGAAGAAUGGACUUUGAAGAUUUCAUGAUUCUUUUGACAAGCCUAACAAUCAUGUCAGAUCUGAUGCAUGAGUUACGAUCUGUAACAGUGAAAAAAAUGACACUACUUUAA